AACACUGACGGGAUAGGGAAACAAAAGGAUAAGCGAAGUCACUGUACUCAUUCAAAACCAGGGCAACUAUGGAUUCUCUGAGUCUUCCCUCCCUCAAUUCCCUUAAAAUCUCGCGUUACAAUGUCCGAAGAGACCAGAUAAGUACAUUGCUCGGAAGAACAAAUUAUGUGAAGUCAUAUCCAAAUUGCUCUCCAAAACUCAGGCAUCCUUCCCAUCCAGCUGCUAUUCGGAUGAUGGCGGCUGAUGGCGAAGAUUACGAGCUGAAGCAGGUGAGGGAUAUGGCUGCAGCAAGGAAGAGAUGGGACGCUAUGAUCAGGGAAGGAAAAGUAAAGGUCCUUACUCCAAGGGAAGCUGGUUAUGCAAUUCAACUAUCAAACAAAGACUUGCUUGAUGUUCGUCCUUCUACUGAACGCAAAAAGGCAUGGGUAAAAGGUUCAACCUGGAUUCCAAUCUUUGAUGUUGAUAACAAAUUAGAUGCUGGAAUUCUUUCCAGGAAGGUCACCAAUUUUGUGAUGGGGGGUUGGUGGAGUGGAGCUCCUAUAUUGUCUUAUGAUAAACAGUUCUUAUCAGAAAUUGAGAAAAAAUUCCCAAAAGAUAUGGAUCUAAUUGUUGCAUGCCAAAAAGGAUUAAGGUCAUUAGCUGCUUGUGAGUUACUGCACAAUGCAGGUUAUAGAAACAUUUUCUGGGUUCAAGGUGGUUUUGAAGCUGCUGAAGAAGAGGAUCUUGUCGCAGAAGGUCCUCAGGCUUUGAAAUUUGCUGGAAUUGGUGGGGUUUCUGAAUUUCUUGGUUGGACUGAUCAACAAAGAGCUGCAGCUGCCAAAGAAGGUUGGGGUUAUCGGUUACUAUUCUCAGCUCGUCUGGUUGGUGUUAUUCUUGUUGCUGAUGCCUUGUUCUUUGGUGCUCAGCAAUUUGGUCAUUACCUUCAGGACAUAAGGUCACAUUGAGGUUUAGUAUGCCGGGGUGUUCCGAGGCUGUGUAGAACACUAGAGGGGAAGUCUUUGGUUCUUAUCACUACUUAGAGAACAUAGACUUGUGGAGCUUGCCAAUUUUGAUAGCAUGUUGUUUAUAAAGCCAAUUAUUUGAUUGUUUCUAAUUUUGAAUUCUUCUAAUAUUGUACGCUUUCAUGUGCCAUUCAUUUCUAUUUACGAUCAUAUUUACAUC